AUGAAAGUUGGAAGCUCAAACUCAAUUAUAUCGGUGCUCUUUGUCUUGUUCUCGGUGAUCCUUGGGGUAUUUUCCCAGGAGUUUGAAAACUUUGACAAGGAAAUUCCUGCAACUUGGCAAAAUAUCAACAUUGAUAAAACUUUGGACGUGACAAAGUCCUACACCAAAGAAAUCCUUACUAUCACUGCUAAGAAUAUCGAAUCUCUUCCUGUGGCUGAAUAUAUUCAACCGAUCUCUAAAGAGCGCACUAAUGACUUCGCCUUGAUCAUCGGCUCUUAUGGCACUGAUGGCAAAUCCAUGUUGCAAAUUAAUGUGUUCAACAAUACUGCCAAUGAAGAAUCUGAAUAUAACUACCUUGUCGUCACUUUCCCUGCGCCAAUUGCUUCUGGCUCCCAAGUAGACUUCCAAUUGCAAUUUGUGUACCUUGAUCAGUUGAAACCAAUGCCUGAUGUAUUGGAAAUGAACGGCGUUCAAUCGGUACUUUUGAAAACCCACAAGUACCCAGUUUCUUCAUAUCCAAUUGAGUCCUACACUUUGGCAAUUUCUGGUACUAAUGGGAAAGUCGAGAACUUGGAUCAAGGCAAGCCUCAAGUCAAUGAUUUACCAGAACUCAAGCAAGAAACCUCUAACUCGAAACUCGUGGUUUUUGAAAGUGAGGAACAAGUUACUAUCCCACCAUUCACGGUAGAUUAUAUCUCAUUACAUUUUGAAAAGAACCAACCGUUACUUGUUGCCGAAAACCUCAAGAGAAACGUUUGGAUUUCUCACUGGGGUGACUCUGUUUCAUUUGAAGAAAUUUAUGAAGUUACCAACAAGAUUGCGAAAUUGAAGGACGGUUUCUCCAGAUUGCAAUGGAUGCAAAGCAAGUACACUUACACUCCAGGCCCAUAUGGUUUAGCAUUCAACAUGGAUUUGCCAAAUGGUUUCAGAGAAGCUUACUUCACCGAUUUGGUGGGUAAUGUUUCUACUUCCAAGAUUGUGAAAAACCAUUUAGUUUUGAAACCAAGAUAUCCACUUUUCGGAGGCUGGAAUUAUAACUUUACUAUUGGCUGGUCCAACGAUUUGGCGAACUUUGUGAAAAGAUCCAGUGACCAUAACGAGAAGUACAUUGCCAAGGUGCCAUUAUUAAACGGUCAUGCCGAUAUGAGUUAUCAUAAUGUGGAAUUUUCAUUCUAUUUGCCAGAAAAUGCCGAAUUAUUAGAUAUUGCUUCUCCAGUGCCAUAUGAAGACUAUUCCGUCACCACGGAAAAAUCUUACCUCGAUUUCUCAGGUCACACUAAAGUUACAAUCUAUUACAAGAAUAUGAUUGAUGAAUUCAAGCAUUCUGAUGUUAUUGUCAGCUAUAAAUAUACUUCAUCUGAUUUCCUCUUGAAGCCAUUUAUCACUGGGUCAUUCUUAUUCAUUGCAUUAAUCAGUUACUUGUUGAUAACGAAGAUUGAUAUUGCCAUUGACACAAGAAGUGAGAAGAAAUGA